GUGCUUGAAGAUCCGCUAGAAGCGCUAAACAUCUGCUCAAGUUUGGUCACAAUCUCGGCAAAUACAGCCGAAAGAAAUCCAGACCCCGCAAAACAGAUUAUCGCUCUGGCACACUAUUCUGUCCAGGAGUACCUUGUGUCUGAUAGGAUCAAACAGGGUCCAGCAAAGCAAUACAAGAUGCACGAAACCGGAAGUCACGGUGUGAUAAUGGAUGGUUGUUUGAAGUAUUUACUACAGUUACAGCGACCAUUAUCGGAAGAAGUCAUUCAGGCAUCGGCGCUGGCACGGUAUGCGGCAGAGUUCUGGAGCAGUCAUCUUGGGCAAACAGAAGGAGAGAUGAAAGGCUUGAGUCAGCCAGUGAUGGGUCUCAUGUCGAUGGAAAACCCUGCAUACCUCACAUGGAUCCAGUUGUAUGAUCCGGACACGCUGUUGGGCCUGAGUACAAUCACGCAGAUGUUCCUGGCCCAAGACGCUGAGGUUAAUACACAAGGUGGACGCUACGGCAACGCACUCCACCCAGCUGCCCUCAAAGGCCACAAGCAGGUGGUGCAGAUGCUGCUCAAAGCAGGCGCCGAUAUCGACGCUCAGAGUGGAGACUGCGGCAGUGCAAUACAGGCAGCCUCAUACGAAGAUCACGGGCAGAUAUUCAAAAUGCUGCUUGACAAUAAGGCAGAUGUCAACGCGCAAGGUGGCAAACACGGCAAUGCGCUCCAGUCAGCUUCGGCUGCAGGUCACCAGGCAAUGGUACAGCUGCUCCUUGACAAUGGUGCUGAUGUCAACAAGCAGGGCAGUCUCUAUAGCAACGCUCUCAAUGCGGCUGCGGCUGAGAGCCAUACAGCCAUUGUCAAGCUCCUGCUCAAU